AUUGGAUUAAGUUAGCCGACUAAUAAUCGGCACUGCAAAACGCAUGAAACUCAGAACAGGAUUUUAAGUUCCUCCUGAUUGCUCCAUCACCUCUCUGUUGCUUCAUCCUGUCACAGUGCCACAGUGACAAUGGCGGGCAGAAGAGUGGUGUCUUUCCCGUCCUCCGCAGAGCUCGGUCCGGCGUUGGCCAGUCUGGUGACGUCCCGGGCAGAGAAGGCCAUUUCCUCCCGGGGCAGGUUCACCCUUGGCCUGUCAGGAGGGAGCCUUGUGUCCAUGUUGAGCAAAGAGCUGCUUGCUCUGCCUCAGCUGGACUGCAGCAAGUGGCUCUUUGCCUUUUGUGACGAGAGACUGGUCCCCUUCAAUGACCCAGAGAGCACCUAUGGUCUGUACCAGAAAGCCUUAUUUUCUAAGGUCAACAUUGCAGGUAGUGGUGUUCUGGCGAUAGAUCCAUCUCUACCCGUGGCUGAGUGUGCUGAGGAUUACUGCAGGAAGCUUAAAGAUGCCUUUCCGGGGGAGACUAUUCCAGUGUUUGACUUGUUACUGCUCGGUAUGGGACCUGAUGGACAUACCUGUUCCCUCUUCCCAGAUCACAUUCUUUUAGAGGAAAAUCAAAAGAUUGUGGCCCCCAUCAGCGAUUCUCCCAAACCUCCACCACAGAGAGUAACUAUGACCUUUCCAACUGUGAACGCUGCUCGCUGUGUGGCGUUUGUAUCCACUGGAGGAAGCAAAGCAACCAUUUUAAAGGAAGUGCUGGAGGGCAGAGAGGGUCCCGCACUGCCGGCAGCUCGUGUUGUCCCACAGAGCGGUGAGCUGUUCUGGCUUGUUGAUGACCCAGCUGCGGCCUCCUUAACUUUACAAGUGGAAAGACCUGGUUCAGGGGCCAAACUAUAGCACUAAUCACAGCCCAUCAGACUCUAGACUUGGGAACAGUAAGCCUAAGGUGGAAACAUUCCUUGUGUAAAAUAGAUCAACAUUAUUCCAUAAGAAGAUAGUGAUUGUUUGUAAAAAAAUUUUUAUGUCAUUAAAAGAAUUCAAUGCAUUUA